AGCGAGACUCCGUCUGAAAACAAACGCGCUGGAAAGGCCCUAGGCUGUCGAUUUCCCCUCGGUGAUUGGAGACGGUCAGGGUUGAAGAAACAGCUUACUCAGGCAAUCGAAAAAAGUUUCUCUGUUACAUGUCUUGGAGUUAUGAGGAGGUUUCUGUUAUUAUAUGCCACACAGCAGGGACAGGCAAAGGCCAUAGCAGAAGAAAUAUGUGAGCAAGCAGUGACACAUGGAUUUUCUGCAGAUCUUCACUGCAUUAGUGAGUCCAACAAGUAUGACCUAAAAACCGAAACAGCUCCUCUUGUUGUUGUGGUUUCCACCACGGGCACCGGAGACCCACCAGACACAGCCCGCAAGUUUGUUAAGGAAAUACAGAACAAAACACUGCCGGUUGAUUUCUUUGCUCACCUGCGGUAUGGGUUAUUGGGUCUCGGGAAUUCAGAAUACACCUACUUUUGCAAUGGGGGAAAAAUAAUUGAUAAACGAUUUCAAGAGCUUGGAGCCCGGCAUUUCUAUGACACUGGACAUGCAGAUGACUCUGUAGGUUUAGAACUUGUGGUGGAGCCAUGGAUUGCUGGACUCUGGCCGGCCCUCAGAGAGCAUUUUAGACAAGAGCAGAUAAGUGGAGCACUCCCGAUGGCGUCACAUGCCUCCUCAAGGACAGACCUUGUGAAGUCAGAGCUGCUACAUGUUGAAUCAGAAAUCGAGCUUCUGAGAUUGGAUGAUUCAGGAAGAAAGGAUCCUGAGGUUUUGAGGCAAAAUGUAGUGAACAGCAAUCAAUCCAGUGUUUCAGUUGAAGACUUUGAGUCCUCUCUUACCCGUUCAGUAUCCCCACUCUCACAAGCCUCUCUGAAUAUUCCUGCCUUACCCCCAGAAUAUUUACAGGUACAACUGCAGGAGUCUCUUGGGAAGGAAAGCCAAGCAUCUGUGAUUUCAGCAGAUCCAAUUUUUCAAGUUCCAAUUUCAAAGGCAGUUCAGCUUACUACGAAUGAUGCCAUAAAAACCACUCUGCUGGUAGAAUUGGACAUUUCAAAAACAGAUUUUUCCUAUCAGCCUGGAGAUGCCUUCAGCGUGAUAUGUCCUAACAGUGAUUCUGAGGUACAAAGCCUACUCCAAAGACUGCAGCUUGAAGAUAAAAGAGAGCACUGUGUCCUUUUGAAAGUAAAGGCAGACACAAAGAAGAAAGGAGCUGCCUUACCCCAGCAUAUACCUGCGAGAUGUUCUCUCCAGUUCAUUUUUACCUGGUGUCUUGAAAUACGAGCAAUUCCUAAAAAGGCAUUUUUGCGAGCCCUUGUGGACUAUACCAGCGACAGUGCUGAAAAGCGCAGGCUCCAGGAACUGUGCAGUAAACAAGGGGCAGCCGAUUAUAACCGCUUUGUGCGCAACGCCUGUGCCUGCUUGUUGGAUCUCCUCCUCACUUUCCCUUCUUGCCAGCCACCGCUCAGUCUCCUCCUCGAACAUCUUCCUAAACUCCAACCCAGACCAUAUUCAUGUGCAAGCUCAAGUUUAUUUCACCCAGGGAAGCUUCAUUUUGUCUUCAACAUUGUGGAAUUUCUAUCUACUGCCACAGCAGAGGUUGUGCGGAAGGGAGUGUGUACAGGCUGGCUGGCCUCGUUGGUUGCCUCAAUUCUUCAGCCAGACACAUAUGCGUCCCAUGAAGACAGCAGGCAAGUCCUGGCUCCUAAGAUCUCCAUCUGUCUUCGAAAAACAAAUUCUUUCCACUUGCCAAAUGACCCCUCAAUCCCCAUCAUAAUGGUGGGCCCAGGAACCGGCAUAGCACCGUUUAUUGGGUUCCUACAACAUAGAGAGAAACUCCAAGAAGAACACCCAGAUGGAAAUUUUGGAGCAAUGUGGUUGUUUUUUGGCUGCCGGCAUAAGGAUAGGGAUUAUCUAUUCAGAAAAGAACUCAGACAUUUCCUUAAGCAUGGGAUCUUAACUCAUCUAAAAGUUUCCUUCUCACGAGAUGCUCCUGUUGGGGAGGAGGAAGCCCCAGCAAAGUACGUGCAAGACAACAUCCAGCUUCAUGGCAAGCAGGUGGCGAGAAUCCUCCUCCAUGAGAAUGGCUGUAUUUAUGUGUGUGGAGAUGCUAAGAAUAUGGCCAAGGAUGUAAAUGAUGCCCUUGUGGAAAUAAUAAGCAAAGAGGCUGGAGGUGACAAACUAGAAGCGAUGAAAACCCUGGCCACUUUAAAAGAAGAAAAACGCUAUCUUCAGGAUAUUUGGUCAUAGAGCCAGAAAUUUAAAGAAGAGAAUUAAGCUCUUUUUUCUGAAAAUACUAAAAGUUGGUUUUAUCAGUGCCAAGACACUAAAUGUUCAAAAAAAUUUUUUCUUUUAACAUUUUUUGGAGGAGAUGGACUGGGGAUUGGAUCAUUUAACAAUAUAACAACACUUACUGAUUUGAUUUUACGUACCUUCCCUCUAUGCCCUUCUUGUGUCUGUGACCUUCCCCAAGCUGCCCUGUUGCCUGUGAGCUCUCCUGAGCUGAGAGGCAGCCUUUGCUCCCCAUCAGCGCCUCCUUUGCUUCCCAGAGAACUUCACAGACUGUCCUGACAUGCAGAGGCUUCCUGAAAUAGGGAGAUUCACUGAGUAGCAAAUUUUUGUGAAAUUACAGUGACAGUGCCAACAUUUAAAAAAAAUAUAUAAAAAUGAUUUAUUUUUAUAUGAUGUAUAUCCAUAAAGAAGUCUCAUAUUAAUAUACUUAAACUAUACAUGUAGAGCAUAUCUGUUACAUGUUUAUGUAAUUAUCAAAUGGUUAUUUAUUACCCAAGCUGUAUUUCUGAUGAAUAUUUUAGGAUAGGUCUCUUACAAAGGGAUUUACUUUUAUGAUGCUAGAAAUAUGAAAUGUAUUUUAAAAUUUCACUCUAGCAUAUGAUUUAUCUAUCACUGUUACUUUUUUUAUAUUACAAUUUCAGAAUUUGGGGAUAUUUGCAUUGAAUUUACAGGUACCAGUAUGCAUAUAUUUUAGUAAAUAGAUACAACCUUGUUCCUCUCUCAUCUUUUAUUUUUGCUUCUUGGCACAUUUUUUCGUUUUCCCACGUUAUUUAUCUCCAUGAUACCACUCAAGCUGUGUCCUGGGCCUGUAACACUGACUUUAGUUCGUAUCCUUGUAAUUUUAGAUGCCCAAUGUUUAAUUCUGUUAAAAUUUGCCUAAACAAAACAAAAUAUAAAGGGUUAUGAUAAUUUUUUUCACUGUUUUAUACUGUAGUAUAUAUUAUAUUUUUAUUUGAUAGCUUGGCAUUUAAAAAAAAAUCUAUUUGUUGAAGACUUCUGACCCUUUUGAGAAAUAAAGAUCUGAAAGAAAUGGCA